AUGUUCAGUCUACCCGGGAAGGAGGCAAGAACUAGACGCUCCACUCCAAUUAACAUAACACACUUAGCAGCCGUCCUAUCUACUCACCCAGAUCCCGUGUUCGUUGACUAUCUCCUCUCAGGGCUUUCCCAAGGCUUCAGGGUAGGGGUCCUCUCUUCCCCCACAGUGACCUUCGUUGCAAAAAACCUGCAGUCUGCCCUCAAAGAACCCGCAGUUGUUUCUCAGCUCAUAGAGAAAGAACUCAGCAAAGGGUAUAUCAUCGGUCCUUUUCACUCAUCUCCAUUCUCAGUGUUUCGCACCAGCCCAAUAGGAGUAGCCACUCGCAAAUACUCAGAGAAAAAAAGGCUCAUUUAUGAUCUGUCUGCACCACGCUCAGGCCCCUUUUCCAGCGUCAAUAGCCUCAUCCCAUCAGAGCCAUUCUCCCUUCACUACGCCUCGGUCGACAACGCUAUUAAGUUAAUUAAAUUCGCCGGCCAAGGAGCCUGGCUCUCCAAAGCAGACAUCACCGAUGCCUUCAAAAUCAUUCCCAUUCAUCCGUCCCAGUGGAACAUGUUCGGCAUCAGGUGGGAGUCCAAGCUCUACUUCGCCGUCCGCCUCACUUUCGGGUGCAGAAGUAGCCCAUGCAUCUUCAAUUCCUUCUCCGAGGCUCUUUGUUGGAUCCUGCUGAUCGUUGUCAGAAUCCCAUCCGUUCUUCACCUGCUGGAUGAUUUUCUCCUCAUAGAUCCCCCAUGGGACAACUCAGGCGCUUCCCUGCUUAAACUGAAACACUGUUUCCAAGAGCUAGGCGUCCCCCUAUCCACGGAGAAAACCAUAGGCCCCGACACAAGUUUGGAGUUUCUGGGCAUCACUCUCAACUCCAUAGAGAUGAAAGCGUCUCUCCCCAAUGACAAACUGCAGCGCAUACGCGACAUCACGAAGUCCUACUGUGCGCAACACAUCAUCACUAAACAGCAGCUGCUCUCCCUCCUCGGGCACCUCAAUUUCGCCAUGCGCGUCAUCCCACAGGGACGCUCAUUCAUCUCCCGCCUCCUGGACGCAGCAUCAGCCGUAAAAAACCUUCACGAUCAUGUUCCCUUAGAUGAAGGAUGCCGCUCAGACCUACGCUUCUGGUCCCUCCUGCUCGACCAAUGGAACGGUGUCACUUUCUUCUACAAUGACAUAGUGCACUCCUCAGACUCAAUGAGGCUCUUCACGGAUGCCGCCCCAUCCGCUGGUUUUGGGGGUUUCUUUCAGGGAGAGUGGUUCGCAGGUCCCUGGCCCCUCUCCUUCCCUAAUCAUGCCACAUCCUCUGCCCUGCACGAGAUCUACCCAAUUGCAGUAGCUUGCUAUGUGUGGGGCCACCUCUGGCUCCGGAAACGCAUUUCAGUGUUAUGCGAUAACCAAGCAGUGGUCGGGAUCAUUAAUAAAGCGCGCUCUCCCUGCCCGGACAUUAUGCCAUUCAUGAGAAGCAUCACGUGGUCCUCCAUCACCCACAACUUCAUUAUCUCAGCCCGUCAUGUUCCCGGCCACCUCAACGUAAUCGCUGACUCCCUCUCUCGCUUUCACUUUCAGACAUUCCGGAACCUCUGCCCAGAAGCCAGGCUGCAACCUGUCGGGAUUCCCCCUCUUCAUCUCCUUUCCCUCUUCUAAACACAAGCCCCUUAGUUAGGCACCUCGAGUCCGCCAGGUUUCUCAUGAGGAAGGGCUUAGCCGCUUCCACUCUCAAAACGUAUGAUUUCGCCUGGAGAACCUUCACCAUGUUUUGCUUUUCGUUGUGCAUCCCCCUCAAACCCGUUCUCAUCCACACUGUGUGCGCCUUCAUGAGCUACUGCUUCACCGACCGUCACCUUAAACCCCAAUACAUUCGGGGUUUGGUAGCCGGGGUUCAGUUCAACGUCCGAUGCUAUGAUCCCAGUUUUCCUAGUUUAUUUUCUAACCAGGCAGUUAAGCUCAUUCUCAAAGGACUUACUAAAGCUUCCCCUCCUGUCUCAGACCGCAGAUUACCUAUUACCCUCUCCAUUCUGCGCCUCAUGCUUUCCAAACUCAGAGAAGGAAUAUUUUCUCCUUAUAUAGACGCACUACUUGAUGCUCUAUUUCUUUUAGCGUUUUACGCUUUCCUUAGGCCCGGCGAAUUCUCCACAGCUUCCCUCUCGUUCGACCCCCAUCGAGACAUCUGUUUUUCCGAUCUGUCUUUUUAUGCGAGUCACUACAGCCUAAGCCUUAAGCACUCCAAGUGCGGAGGCGCUUGCUCCGUCAUUGCGGCUCGCAUC